GCAAUUGCGCGACGAUCCAGUGUCACCGGCUCUUGACCAUACCGCCAUUGGACGCUUUUGUCCUCCACCUGCGACUUCUAAGAGUCAUUCUUUCCUUUUAGCGUUAUAUCCCCUCCAGUGGUCUUCAAGAUGCCCGCCACCGCGUCCCGUGCCGUGCUCCGGCAAUCGCAGUUCCUGACCCGCAGGUCUGCGGUCAGGUACGCCUCUUCGACCUCAGAAGCCGCUUCCAAGGCCGGUGAGACUGCUUCCUCUGCUGCCUCGAAGGCGUCUGAGGGUCUGUCUCGCGUCUCCUCGUCCGCUGGCCCUGCCAUCUCGAAUGCCGCCCAGGGUCUCGGCAGUGCCCUGAGGAAGGUUGGUGGAAGGACCGGAAAAGUCAUCUCUUUCGUCGAUUCCAUGAUACCCCCUACCGUCUACUACUCGAAGGUCGGUCUCGAGCUCGCCAAGUUGGUCUUCCGUGGCCAGAACAUGACUCCUCCCAACCUGGCCACCUUCCAGACCUAUUUCCAGCCUCUGACCAACGUCUUCCGUAACCCUGCCGCCUUCCAGAACUCGGGCUUCACUCCCUCCAACAUUCUGGCCCGUGUUCGCAGUGCCGACAAGAAGCAGCUCGCUUUUGCUGGUGUCACCGCCGCGGAGGUCAUCGGUUUCUUCACCGUUGGUGAGAUCAUUGGCCGGAUGAACAUCGUCGGCUACAAGGGAGAGCCUGAGCACCACCAUUAGAUAAAUACCAAGCCGUCGUGCCUUAGCCUGUCUUCCUUCCCUUUGCCGCUUUCCUUUGUGUGCUGUACUAUUGUAUGAUAGACGAUGGAAUAAACUGUUGUCUCGGGUUGUGCAAUACGGGCGAUUGCGUAUAUUUUGUUGAAUAUCUAAGUCUUCUAGGAUUUCAUGAUUCAAGUGGGCGAUGAUCUCUUUAUGUUCUGCAUGCUUGCCGGGCAACGUCAUAGACCGUGAUAGUCGUCAUUUUGCUAUUUUGAUGAGCCUCCUCCAAGUAAUUGUCACGUGUUCCAGCCAUGCGUACCCCGUAUUGUGUAUCUUGUGGGGUUGAUCGGUGUGCUCUUGGAAGUUGCCAUAAUCCUUGAGGGCGAGAUCCCAUUCUGAUGUUAAGAAAGGCGGGAAAUAUAGGGUCUCCAGUGGGCGGAAGAGACCAAGACAUUAAAAUUACUUUCUCU